CAUGCAGAUGCCCAGUCCGUCAAGCCGGCGGCUUGUGUCCUGUCCCGCAGGUAGGUCUAGGUCGCCAAGGGGCAUGAUGUCGCACUGACCGAGCAGGGUCGGUGAGACGGGGGCCAGACCUCUUCCGGUUAAGCACCAUCUGAUAUCCCCCGUUUCUCCCCUCAUCCUCCACUGCGCCGAGUUGGCACUGUUGUGGGCAGGAGAGCUGUCUCCCACCUCGCGCAAGUGAGCAAUAUCCAGGAUCUAUCCCAGACUCAGUGCCCAGCACCAGCCCUCCUGAGCCCAUUUUUGUUCCAUUUUUACUCCUCGGAUCUGCGCCAUAUUCUUUCACUGUGCGUGUUUGCGCUUGGCUCGAAGCACAGAAAGUUCUUAAAUCAGACGGGCGACUCCUCCGUGGCCCAGUAGAGCCAUGUUGCCCUCUCUCUUCGCGCCGUUCUUGAAGCCAUUGGCACGAGGCUUCGAGGAGGCUCGUGGCACCGUCGGCGGUUUGACUUGGGGCCCGGCCCUGGCUGUCGCAAAGCCAACCAUCGAAGGGGUCUUGCGACAGAUCCAGACCGGAACCUUGGUGCUUCUUGACGAGCCCGCAGGCCGCCGCCUGGUUUUCGGCCAGGAGCCGAGCAGCGAAGGCAGCCGGUGCUUGGACGUGGGCGAUAAAGGACAAGCUCGGAGGACCAACGGGUGCAAGACCGAAAGCGCAUCGGCCAGCGGUGCCGGGGCACCAAGGGUUGAGCUUGUGGUCAAGCGCGAUGCUUUCUGGAUGAGGCUUCUUCUCUUUGCCGAUAUGGGCUUCGCGGAGUCCUAUAUGCUCGGCGAUUUCGAGUGCGCAGAUCUAACCGCCUUCUUCCGGCUAUUCAUCAUCAACCGAGAGAGGUUGGGAAACGGCGCCACGCGGUUCUCGUCGAUUUCUAGCGCUAUCACGAGCCUAGCAAGGACAACAAACGCGCUUGGGAGCUCUCUGCUGAACAUCUCGGCGCACUAUGACAUCAGCAAUGAUAUGUUUGCUGCCUUCCUGUCGCCAGACAUGACAUACUCGUGUCCAAUCUGGAGGGCGGUCGGCUACGGGAAGUUGGCGGCAGAGGAGGGCGAGGAGUCGCUCGAGGAGGCGCAGAUGACCAAGCUCCACCGGUUCAUUGAUGGGGCGCGGAUAAAGCAGACGGACCACGUGCUCGAGAUCGGCACCGGCUGGGGCUCGUUUGCUAUCGAGGCUGUCAGGACGACGGGGUGCAAGAUCACCAGCCUCACACUCUCAAGCGAGCAAAAGGCGCUGGCCGAGGAGAGGAUAUCGGCCGCCGGACUCUCGGAUCAGAUUCAGGUGUUGCUAAUGGACUAUCGGGAGCUCCCGGUGCCCGAGCAGAGGUUCGACAAGAUAAUCUCCAUCGAGAUGAUCGAGGCUGUCGGCGAGGAGUUCCUGAGCACGUACUUCGCUCGCAUUAACCAGCUCCUCAAACAAGACGGCGGGAUCGCCGUGUUCCAAGCUAUAACCAUGCCUGAAGGGCGACACGAGGCCUAUUCGAAGAGAGAAGACUUUAUAAACAAGUACAUUUUCCCUGGAGGCUACCUUCCCUCGACCACACAGCUUCUCCAUCAUAUCACCAAGGAGUCCCAUGGCACGCUUAUAGUAGAGAGAGUUGAGAACAUCGGCGGACACUACACCAAGACCCUCCGUCUCUGGAAAGAAAGCUUUCUCGGCAGCUUUGACGCCAGGAUCAGACCGGCGCUGAAGAAAGAACACGCCGACAUGACGGAGCAAGAGAUGGACGUUUUCAGAAGGAAGUGGGAGUACUAUUUCACUUACUGUGAGGCCGGGUUUCUCACCAAGACAUUGGGAGAUGCGAUAAUAACUGUCGGCCGAGAAGGCGCGAUGGAGCUGAUGGAGGGAAUUCCAUUGUAAGAAGUACGGUCGGGAGGUGUUCUGCUUUGCGGUAGAUUUGGAAAUACCUCGCGAGGUAAUAGUGGUCAUCAGUUAUUGGAUAGGUUCCCCAUCAGGUCCUGCACUGAGUCUCGGCGCCCACGAAGAAAGGUAUUUGGCAAUACUAAAGGCAGUUACGAAAUGGUCAUGGCAGCGAGAAGUUACAUACGUAUUUCCAUGCUGUAUGUUGGCAACUGGUUCGGGAGAGAACUCUCGCCUGUCUGGGUAUCUAAUACUUACUAUUUCAUUCCUCGAAGCCACCCGGCCCAAGCACAUCAAUGUGGAUCAG